CUGGGGCUGACCAUCACCGACAACGGCGCCGACUACGCCUUCAUCAAGCUGGGGCUGACCAUCACCGACAACAGCACUGGCUACGCCUUCAUCAAGCUGGGGCUGACCAUCACCGACAACAGCGCUGGCUACGCCUUCAUCAAGCGGAUCCGGGCGGGCUCGCUCAUGUCCCGCGUGCCGCUGGUGGCGGUGGGGGACGUGCUGGAGGCGCUGGACGGGCGCAGCCUGGUGGGCGCGCGGCACUUCGAGGUGGCGCGGCUGCUGCAGGAGCUGCCCCGCGGGCAGCGCUUCCGGCUGCGCCUGACCGAGCCCAGGAGGGCAUGGGAGACCCCCAAAAUCUCCCUCGGGGACCCCAAAAAUGAUCCCGGGGACCCCAAAAUCCCCCCCGGGACCCUGAGGGACCCCAAAAAUCCCCCCAAAAUCGCCGACCCCCCGCAGCCGUCGGCGUUCGAGGAGCGCGCGGUGGCCAAGGUGGACGAUCUGCUGGAGAGCUACAUGGGCAUCCGGGACAGCGAGCUGGUCCAAAACCUCCGGGACCCCGAAACCUGCACCCGAAAAAACGUGUGA